CAAGGCUCCAGUCUGCAUUUAGUGUUGUCUGCUCGUAUUGAACUGUUUGGAAAUCUUUGCAAACUAGCAGUGUGCCUGCUUUUAAGACACGCGCUGGUUUCAGCUUUGUUGUUCAAAACCAAGCUGAGCGACAGCUGACAGGAAGGAAGGAACAACCACACUGUGUAUCACCAUUUUUAACUUCAAUUCCUCUUCUGACACCUUUGGUCUGCCAGGCUAGGUGGAAACAGAGAAAAAAUGGGGAACUAGAGAUUAGUGUAGCCACCCCUCCUCCUCCUCUCCUCCUAUGCCCAAUAUCCUCUUUUGGGGUCUUUUGUGUGUGUGUGUGUGUCUGUUUGUUGUGUGCCUGGUUUGAGUGUGGCAAACACACACAGUGGGGAUGAGAGUUUGAGAGCAGGAGGACAGGACAGGAUAGGAGAGGACUUUGUCCACGAUGGGAUGCUGCAGUGUGACCCAGAGGCACACUGGAGUGGACGAGGUGGGCCCUGAUGAGAUUGAGCUACUGGAACUCUCUGGAGACAAUUUAGGGCUGUGGAGUUUGGGAGAGACCAGACUUCAACUGUCAGUGAGGGGCAGCCGAGACGACAAGCAGCCAUCGUGUUACACGUCACUACGACACCUGGAGCAACAGGGGGUGCUGUGGGGCAAGAGCAGAGAGGAGCUGCACCACAGAAUCUUCUCCCAGCAGCCAGUCAGAGGCUGGGAGGGUCAACCUGCUCACAUGUACGGAGAGAUCAUUCACUCCUCCUUAGUGUGUCUGCACAGCAAAUACGCUCAGGAGAAGUGUGAACACUUCCUGGUUUUAUUCUCUUUCCACCUGCUCAUCCUCUCACUGGACCACACAAGGCAAGACUUCAUUUAUGAGGGACUGCUUCCUCUUUCCGGACUUUCCUUUCGCGUCAUCUCCAAGGAGUGUGACAUGUCACAGUCACCUCACAUGUUUGAGAUCAGCAGCCGGAUGAUGGACCCCAAGGUCUUCAUAAGUUCCACUGGUGCAGAGUUGCAGACAUGGAUGCAGCACGUAGAAGACAGGACAUACAAGUCAAUGACGCAGCCCAUGAGUCCUUCCCACUGUGCUCUCUCCUAUCUAUUACCUUGUGAUGAGCACUGGAAAAGACAGGAGCUGAAGAAGUACUUGAUGCAUGCUCCAAUAUGGGAGUGGGAGGGUUCACCUAUACAGCACAUGGGACGACCAGCCUACUUGUCAGUGGUCCAUAUUAUCAAUACACACAGACAGGGUCUUCAAGAACGACUUAUGGUUCUCUUCCCUCAAGACGUGCUGCUGCUGUCAGUAGACAACAAGCUGCUCAAUAUCACGUACCAGGGCAGGCUGCCGCGUCGAGGCAUCGAAGCCACAGAGAGAUCAGCCCAGCCUGGACGACUUGAGUUUGAGCUGCGAGGCGAGCUGGUGGAGCCUCUGCAGGUGUCUUGUACCUGCAUGGAGGAUCAUCACAACUGGAUCUUUCAUUUACGCCAGCCAGACAAAAGCGUUGCUGCUGUGUCAACCGUCACAACAAAGCCGCACAGGAGUCGCAAGGAGAGCAUCACAGCAAAAGAACAAGCACACGUCAAUGGGCGCAGCUGAGGAUACAGCAUAGUGUUGUUUAGACUGAGGUGAAGGGAAAUGUGUAUUAUGUGCAGGUACAAUGAAUAUGCCACAAACAUGGAGAUGACAUCUUCUCAAACCAACUUUGGUACAUUGUGUCACCAUAAACAUUGUCUUUUUUAAUAUCUCAUUUUUGUGGGCUUCCAACACAAUAAACUGCUCACAGACAAGAUCAAUCGAAUAUAUUCCAGUUUAUUUCAUUGUUGAAAUGUUUACAGUAGUCUGCACACUUCCAGCCUGUUGUCUGAGUAAUGCAAAGUGUCCAAAGUGCGGCAUGGGGACUAUUUUUGGUGUUUUAUUGGCCCUCUGCAUAUAAAAUGAUUUCAACAUUAAUGAGAUGUAUUAUUACUUAGUACACUAAUUUGCUCUGUUGGAUAGGUUAGCAUAUAUUAACCUCCUAGUACAUCAGAUUGUUUUUAGCAUUUUUAAUGCACAAAAUGUCCUCCCACACCCUUCAGUUUUUCUGUAUGUGGCACCCGGUUGAAAAAGUUUGAACAAGUGUUCACAUAAAUUAUAGUUAAUGCAUAAAGUCAUUGAACUAGAUUCAGCAUAUCCUUAUAACGAGAACAAAACAGCUGAAGAAGUAUAAAUAUACGUUUUAAAUUACAAAAAGAAGUAGUGAUUACAAAAAAAAUUCCAUGUGCCACCGACAAGAAUGUAGGAUUGAAAUGUUAAUAAUCAGUGUUUUAAAAAUACAACAACCAUUUAGAGCUAUCAAUAAGGUCUCAAUAUAGCGCAGUGCUUCAGAAUGUUGUCCACUGUCCAGUGAAAAGCAUGGAUCUGGAAUUUAGACCAGUAACACAAAACACCCCACAUUAUACAUAUUUUUGAGAUGCAUGGUGUUUUUUUUUUUGCAACAACUGAAUUGCUACAACAAUGUGACAAUAUGUCAUUUUUAUUGCUGGCAUCAACGUUUACUAAAUAAAACCUCAUAGAUUUAUUUUUAUUUUAUUAUGUACAUUGUUAAACAUUUACUGCA